AUGGCGCUGCCACCAAAGAUUCUGAUCGUGGGAGGUGGUGUCUUUGGCCUGUCCACGGCCUUGUCUCUCAGCAAGCGCCACCCAAACUCUCAGAUAACCCUAAUUGAAAGCGCACCUACAAUUCCUAACCCGCAUGGCUCUUCUGUCGAUACCAGCCGGAUCGUGCGCGCAGACUACGCGAACAGCGCUUACUCCAAGCUCGCUGCAUCCGCUAUCCAGAAAUGGCGCAGUACCUCCUGGGGUGCGGAGGGUCGGUACACGCAGACUGGUCUGCUAUUGGUGUACCCAGCCAACAGCGCCAGCGCUAAGAAGUACGCCGAGAAGAGCUAUGCAAACGUGCGAGCGAUCGAGGGCGACAACGUCGUUUACCUACCAACCAAGAAAGAUGUCUUGGGUGUCGUACCGCCAUAUGGAGAGACAUUGGAUGUUGCAGGGGGGUAUGUGAAUUGGGGAUCUGGGUGGAGCGAUGCAGGUGCGAGUGUGAAGUUCAUCAAGGAAUUACUCGACAAAGAACAAAAGGUGGUGUUCAAGCAUGGAGAGGUGAAGCGUGUGCUUUUUGCUUCCUCUAAAAAACGUGCGACUGGUGUAGAGAUGGUUGAUGGGGAGACUAUCAAUGCUGACCUGGUUAUUCUUGCGACGGGGGCUUGGACUCCUAGACUGGUUGAUUUGCGUGGUAAGGCUGUUGCCACGGGUCAGGCGAUUGCGUAUAUCAAGAUCAGUGAUGCUGAGCAGCGUGAGCUCGAGAAUUUGCCUACGAUUCUAAACUUCGCUACUGGGAUUUUCAUUAUCCCGCCAAGGGAUAACCUGCUUAAAAUUGCGCGGCAUGCGUAUGGGUAUCGGAAUCCGACGACUGUGCCGGUGCCUGGGUCAUCUGGAGAGACGAUGCAGGUUAGUCUGCCUGAGACGGGAGUGCCGGUGCCAUUGGAAGGGGAGGAAGCGUUCCGCGUUGCGCUGAAACAGCUUCUGCCACGAUUUGUGGAUCGGCCGUUUGCUGAUACGAGGAUUUGUUGGUAUACUGAUACUCCGGAUGGCGAUUUUAUUGUUUCAUACCAUCCCGAGUACGAGGGUCUCUUCCUGGCUACAGGUGGUAGUGGACAUGCUUAUAAAUUCUUCCCUGUUCUUGGAGACAAGGUUGUUGAUGCAUUGGAGGGUACACUGGAGUCAGAGUUGCGAGCGCUAUGGGAAUGGACCGGGACGACGCCGACGUCUGCCUCUGAAGAUCUGUUUGACGGUGACGGCAGUCGAUCUGGUGAACGAAAAUCGAUUUUGAAGGAUGAGUUGGCGAAGACCAAGAAAGCUCGCAGGGACAGCGUCCUGUAA